UGGAAAAAGCGAUCUUUAUAAAGGGACCACGGGAUCUUCAUUGAAUUGUUAAAUAUUUAUAUUAUCAUCAUUAGGUUAGGUGGUCCCACGAGGUUAACUUUAUAUCGCUGAUAAAUUGUAAUAAGUUUUAACUGUCAAUUUUACAGUGCACACUAAAACAAUGGAGAUUUUAACAAAAACUUUACUUAUUGGUGUUGUUGUUUUCAUUAUUUGGAAACUUGUGGCAAGUUUAAUAUCGUAUAUACAGCUUGUAAGAAAAUUCAGGAAAAUUCCACAAAAACCGUCACAUUGGCUGUUUGGACAUGGGAAGGAGGUCAAAGAUUCCAUUACAUAUGGAGAUUAUGUAAUGGACGUUAUGAGAGGAGGUGGCAGGCUUUAUUGCAUGUGGAACGGUCCAUUUCCUGUAUUAGGGGUGUGUCAUGCUGAGACUUUCCAGCAGCUUAAUAAACAAGUAUCAGACAAGGCACGAGGCAUUGCUGAUGGUUACCGGAUAUUGGAAAAAUGGCUAGGAGAAGGUCUGUUGAUAAGUAAUGGAAGGAAAUGGGAAAGAACAAGGCGCUUGCUUACACCAGCAUUUCAUUUUAACAUUCUAAAUGGAUAUGUUGAUGUCAUGAAUGACGUCACAGAUUUGUUCUUGGAUAAAUUGGAGGCCGUGACAUCAAAAGGCCAGUCAGUAGAUAUAUUUCCAUAUGUAUGCAGAGAGACACUUGAUGCCAUGCUGAAAUGUUCAUUGUCUUAUGAAGGCAGCAUGCAAGACGUUGAACAACAUGAGUACAUUUCGUCCAUCCAGCGCGUCAUUCAUAUUAUGUGGAGUCGAUUGGUGAACCCUUUACUACUAUUUGACUUCUUCUUUCGGAAGACUAGCCUUGGACAGGAACACGAUCGUCUGAUAAAGAUUGCACGAACAUUUACUGGGGAUAUCAUUGAAUCUAGAAGGAAAGUUCUGAAAGAACAUCCAGAUGCAAUAAAGCAAAAACGACGUCUAGAUUUCCUUGAUAUUCUUCUUACUGCUAAAGAUGAAAAUGGGAAAGGAUUGACAAAACAAGAAAUACAAGACGAAGUGGAUACAUUCACAUUUGAAGGACAUGAUACAACAUCGUCUGCAAUAAGCUGGUCAAUAUACGCUCUUGGACAACACCCGGAAUUACAAGAGAAGGUUUACGAAGACGUCCAAGCUGUAUUAGAUGACAACACCAAAGUAACACAGGUUUGCAUAUCGCAGUUCAAAUAUUUGCCACUCUUCAUCAAGGAAGUAAUGCGGUUUUACAGCCCAGUUCCAAUGAUUGCCAGGAAACAUUCCAAACCAAUAACCAUCGAUGGGAUGGAAAUUCCUACUGGUCCAAGAGUUGACAUUUAUAUACACGCUAUACACCAUAAUCCUCAAGUAUGGAAAAAUCCGGAGGAAUUUAAUCCAGACAGAUUUGACGCCGAUCAUCGGGAUGAAACAGAUAUUUAUGGAUAUAUUCCUUUCUCAGCUGGAGCAAGGAAUUGUAUAGGACAAGUGUUUGCUUUGAAUGAAAUCAAGAUAACUCUUGCAAAAUUUGUCAAAAGAUUUGAGGUAAAACCAGUCAAGAGCCACACGCCAAAACUUCAACCUGAUGCCAUUAUGAGGUCACUCAAUGGACUUCCGAUACAACUAAAGAAAAGAUAACCUAAAACGCAACUUUAUUACAUGAAAUCAUAAUGUAUUUAACAUUUGCUAACAGAUUCUUAUUGUUUUCCUCUUCAUGUGACAAAAUAACAAGACCCCACACUAGAAAGAUAUUUUAAAUUACGCUGAUGUCAAGAGACACUUAAAAUACAGCAUGCAAAAAUUAACUUUAUGUACGUCUUUUCUUGAAGUACACAUAGACAUUUUACCAUGAUACUGACAAAUACAAAAGAUGGACGUUGAAAUGACAAAACACGUUUUCUCCACAUUUCACGGACACCACAAUUUUUCGAUGUAUACGUUUUAUUUAUUAUAAUUUAUUCAUUUAUUUAUUCAAGUAAGAUAGUAUUUCCUUUUAUAUACGUACAAAAUGUAAAUUUUCUAUUAAAAAGGUCGAUUAUGAA